AAAGCACAUCACCACCAUCGACACUGGUAAAGUAGUUGGAAGUUGGAACGACCGCCAUCGUUUCGAUGCACUCGAGAAACACACACACCCAAAUGCGAUGAAGAUAUCAACUCGAAAUCGAAAUAAACCCACAAAACAAAACCUACCGAUCGAAUCCACAGACCCUCUGGAUUCUCAUCCUUCCUUCCUUCCUUCUUCUACACAAACCCCCUCAUUCUCUCUCUCUCACUGACCGCCCACUCCAAUGGCUCACCUUCUCAACACCUCCUUCAUCCCCACCUCCCAAACACUCCGCCGUAACCCCACCUCCUCUGCGCCGGCACUUAUUUCCGGGCGCCGGGGCAGGGCCCAAGUCCAGGCCAAGAUCCGGGAGAUCUUCAUGCCGGCUCUCAGCUCCACCAUGACUGAGGGCAAGAUCGUCUCCUGGGUCAAGUCCGAGGGCGACAAGCUCUCCAAGGGCGAAAGCGUCGUCGUUGUUGAGUCUGAUAAGGCUGACAUGGACGUCGAGACUUUCUACGACGGUUACUUGGCUUCGAUUAUGGUCGAGGAGGGCGGCGUCGCAGCCGUCGGUUCGGCUAUUGCUCUAUUGGCCGAAACCGAGGACGAGAUAGCCGAGGCCAAGGCCAAGGCCAGUUCUUCAUCAGCAGCUCCAGCGGCACCAGCACCGGCCGCAGCUGCUCCGGAGCCACAACCAGCGAAAAUUCCGGAUAAUGUGGGUCCUGCGGUGGUCCCUAAGGUGGCGGCAACCGUGGCUUCAACCCACCCGGCGUCAGAGGGAGGGAAGAGAAUCGUGGCAUCGCCAUAUGCAAAGAAGCUUGCUAAGGACUUGAAGGUGGACUUGGGGUCAGUGGUGGGAAGUGGACCACUGGGGAGGAUUGUGGCUAAGGAUGUUGAAGCUUUUGCUGCUCAGCCUACGGUGGCGGUGGCGGCUGAACCGAGUGUUGGAAAGUCAGCUGCUGCUGUGGCGGCGGAGGCAGGAAUUGAGUUGGGAUCGGUGGUGCCUUUUACAACAAUGCAGGGGGCUGUGAGUAGGAACAUGCUUGAGAGUCUCUCUGUGCCCACUUUCAGAGUAGGAUACACUAUCACCACUGACGCGCUGGAUGCCCUGUACAAAAAGAUCAAGUCGAAGGGAGUUACCAUGACAGCAUUGCUUGCAAAGGCUACUGCACUUGCAUUGGUCAAACAUCCUGUUGUGAACUCUGGCUGUAGAGAUGGUAAGAGCUUUACAUACAACAGCAGCAUUAACAUAGCGGUUGCUGUGGCAAUCGAUGGUGGAUUGAUUACACCAGUGCUUCAGGAUGCGGACAAGGUUGACAUAUAUACAUUGUCAAGAAAGUGGAAGGAGUUAGUUGAUAAGGCCAGGGCCAAGCAGCUACAACCUCAUGAGUAUAAUACAGGUACUUUCACUGUUUCUAAUCUUGGGAUGUUUGGUGUUGAUCGGUUUGAUGCUAUUCUGCCACCCGGAACUGGAGCAAUUAUGGCUGUUGGAUCAUCUCAGCCUACUGUUGUGGCUACUAAGGAUGGCCGGAUUGGUAGGAAGAACCAAAUGCAGGUAAAUGUUACUGCUGACCAUCGCAUAAUUUAUGGUGCUGAUCUUGCUUCAUUCUUGCAAACCUUGGCCAAGAUUAUUGAGGACCCCAAAGAUCUUACCUUCUAGUCUCUGGAUACCUUGUCCCCAAUUGAUUCCUGCUUGGCUUUCGGAAUGUCUGGGAUUUUCCUCAUUUUAUCUCGUCAGGCAUGCUUCUACUGUUGCUUAACAUUUAGGUUGACGGGAAUUAUAUGAAGAAUAGGAAAAUAAUUUUGAAUAUAAAUGCAUAAUGAGUUUUAGUUCUAGUUCGUCAAAGGUUCUGUCAUAAAAUCUUGCUGGCCGUUGUUUUUUUUUUAUUUAGGGUUGGCUAUUGCAAGAAACUCGUUGUUGAGGUUGUAGCAUACGGGUUGAAUGAAAUCAAAUUUGUAACUUUAAGCGUGUUCAUGAUACAGAAGUAUUGCAACUGAAAUCCAUUUCGAAAAUGUUUUAGGAAUUCAUACGUAACAUGUCUAUUUUCAAUAAAUAUUGCACUUGGCGCUC